GCGGGCGGGCGUCACGUGCCUCCUUUUCCGGAUGGCGGAGCGCGUCGCUCUUCGGCGGCGGUCGGGCACGGUUGUUCGCCCACUGACAGCUGCGCUCACACGUGCGGCGUCGUCUAGCCGCGCUGCUGCGACCGGUCCCAGUUGCUACCCACGAAACGCGCGCGUUUUUAACGAGCGCUGCUGGUGUCCCUGGGGUCGCGAGUUCUCGACAAGUUCAAGGUAGACCCAGAGCCCGAGCUCGACCAUGGAUAAGUUACUCGGAGGACUGAAGAAUCUCAUCAAGAUCGACGCGAUCGUCACCGACAACCACGUCUUCCGGCUGCACUACAAGGUGACGUGCGCGGUGCUGAUUGCCUUCAGCAUCUUGGUCACGAGUCGUCAGUACAUCGGCGACCCCAUCGACUGCAUAUCUAAAGACAGCGUGCCUUCGAGAGUGUUGGACACCUUCUGUUGGAUACACUCCACGUUCAGCGUCAAGGAUGCGUGGAACAAGAAGGUUGGCAUCCAGGUGCCGUACCCGGGUGUGGAUAAGUACACGCCUGGUGAAGAGCGGGUCUACCACGGCUACUAUCAGUGGGUGUGCUUCGUGCUCUUCUUCCAGGCGGUACUGUUCUACAUCCCGAGGUACCUGUGGCUCGCGUGCGAGGGCAACAAGAUCAGCACGCUCGUGCUCGACCUCAACUCGCCCGUGUUGUGCGACGACAAGCGCAAGUGCAGCAGGAAGCUUCUGGUGGAGUACUUCAUCAACAACAUCGGCCAUCACAAGAUGUACACCUUCUACUACUUUAUCUGCGAGAUCCUCAACUUCGUCAACGUCAUCGGCCAGAUCUACCUCAUGGAUGACUUUCUAGGAGGCGAGUUCUCCACGUAUGGCACCAAGGUCCUGGAGUUCACGGACUGGGACUGGUCCGUCCGCUUCGAUCCCAUGAUCAAGGUCUUUCCCAGGCUAACCAAGUGUACCUUCCACAUGUACGGCUCCUCUGGAGACGUGAUGAAGCACGACGCUAUGUGCAUCCUGCCCAUCAACAUCAUCAACGAGAAGAUCUACGUCUUCCUCUGGUUCUGGUUUGUGAUCCUGGCCGUGUUAUCCGGAGUGGUCAUCGUGUACCGGGCCGUGCUCCUGCUAUGGCCCCCAGCGAGGUUCCAUGUGCUCAAGUCCAGGGCACGUCUUGCCAACAUCACCUACCUGGAGAGAGUGCUGGACCGGUGUAAGGUCGGUGAAUGGUUCCUCCUCGAUUUGCUGGCCAAGAAUCUGGACCCCGUCCACUAUAGGGACCUUAUCUCUGACCUGGAAAAGCACCUGGAAGGCAAGAGCCUCGAGCUGGUCUGAUACACCGCCGACACGCUUAUCCUUUAAUCGCGUUUUAGGUUCGUGUCAUUUAUUGAAAGCCCACCUCUUUAUCGUUGGCGUGCGGCUAUUCCUAGGAGUUGUCGCAAGGCUUACCAAGUUGACGCGCUGCCAAUCGUCAUCCUUGCCGUUGUGCAAACGGGCCAUUCAUGCACAAACUGCCGCGAUCUAGCUAUCAAUGAGCAACCUCAUUCCGUCACUCUCCUUGUUUUGAGGUAGCCUAGAUCGAACGCCCUUCAGCUGUCAUCUACAUUUUCCCCCAUCCGUUUCACCCAACCAGUGCCUUUUUAUUUUCAUCGUAGCAUAGUUGGGAGGCAGGAUCCUCUCGUCCUUACAAAGAUGGCAAACAAAUGCGGGAGCGUGGUGUUAGCUACGUCGCUGCGUCCCAUGAGAAAGUGAAUGACGCGUUGCUCCACUGCCUUCGUCGCUUCCCGUGUUGGCGCCGCGGUACAAUGACGCCAUUGCGCUCACCUGGCGACGGGAGGGUGCAGAUCGAUUUGCAGAGGUCGGAUUUCCAUAGCUCCGUCCCGUGUUCACUCUCCGCGCGGGAGCCAUUUCGUCCAGGAAAUGCCGCUGAGAGUCGGACAACUCGGUCACGCGCGCCGCCACACUUUUUAGCAAUGAUGUCGGAGAAGACAAUUACGAGCAAUUUUGUAACGAAUGUUGGAACGAAGGUUGUGCUAUGUUUGCAGAUGGGUGCCCUUUUACAAGUUCAUAGAAGGAGUUGUGACGAACAAAUUCCGGCCACUCUUCUGGCGCUUGCCGUAAAAUGAUAUACUGUAUUCGGCUUGCAUUCGAAACCCUGUACAAAUCACUAAAUUGUGUGACAUGUUUCUUUGGCCCCACAUUUGAUUGCUCUGAUUUCUGUAAAUUUGGACAGAAACAAGAACAAGUUAAAACCCUAUUAUAACUUGGAGAAAAAAAUGUUACUGGUAGUGUUAGUAAAAAAAAAGCAGCCCAAACAGUAAUGCAAACCACUAUUUCUGCGGCGUCAUCCCCGAUAGGAGAGGAAAUCGCCCUUAUCUGUUGGUGAAGUUUUCUUACGCAGGAUUUCUCUUUUCUUUUUUUUAACCACCCUCCCACGUCAUAUGAAAAGCAAACGGGCGCAUGAUUUACCAGUCGUUGCUCCUUGCCAAAAGCCGCCAACAGACAACAAAGGCCAUUUUUGUGUGGCCCGGCCUUUUGUACUCGUGAGCCGGUCUGGCCUUGGGGGUUCCCACCGUCCAAUGGCAACGUUGAACGAACAGCUUUCAGGCAUCUUUUUUUUUUUUUUUUUUCUCCUUCCGACCAACACGUUGUGAAUCACAUUGGAGAGGGAGCGCAACCGACUAAAAUGAAUAAAUGGAAAACGCGUUCACCCACCUGGUUCGAAACGCGUGUCGUGUAAUAUCACACGAUACAGGAUGCGGCAAUGCAACGUGCUGUCCGAGCGAGUGUAUAUCGGUAUUCAGUUUCUGUUUCCGGGCUAACAAAAGAGUUCGAGAUUGCGAUCUUUUUUCGCUCGUCGCCGCUUCUCGAAGGACGCCGUAGCUGCUUCGCGGAAACUGCGCCACGCGGUGGGAUGACGCAACUUUCGGGAGAGAGACUGGACUCCGACCUUCCGCGAAUUAUUAAGUCACACAUUGGCGCACAUCGUACUCGUCACUAAUCUUGAGCUCUUCCGUCCGGGCAUAUAACAAAAUUGGUAGCGUUUUUUUUUAUUUUUAAUUUAAGUCUUUUUUGUUUUCAGUAGAGUGAAAGAAAUCUAAAAUGAGCACAUACAAAAUUUCGAGGCGUCAUGUCUUUUCCUCAGUCUUUAGACACUUGAGCACACUUUGAGGUUAGUUCCACUUCGAGUUUUACUUCUUUUAUCUUCUCGGUGUGUCAAGACCUCUAUGAUGCGUUAUCUACUCAAAAUUUUGAUUGGUUUCUGAAUUUAGGCUUAGGGACUUAACAGAUGGACGUGCAAAAAUGGGGAUUCACACUUUGGAUAAGCGCAGCGCUGCAAUAAUAAUGGUGGAGGUGACGGAGGAUUAUGACAAUCCCAGCGGUUUCAUUUUUGCGUAGGACGCUGAUGUUCUGUCAAGCGUCUACACUUACUCUUGUUGCACUAUCUACUCUAGCGAGUUUCACUGCCAUGCCAUUUGGAGUCAGUCAUGUUAGGUAGGAAGUGCUUUGACUAGUUGUGUGGAGGCAACUUCUAUCAUAUAUUGUAAUCAUCUGUAUGUGUAAUAUCAUAUUUCAUUCAGCUAUGCCUUAUUUUCGAAGCAUUUUGGAAUGGCAUUUUAUACUGCUAGGUGUGCAAGGAUGCAUAACUUCGUAUGUUCAACAUGCCAUGUGUACAGAAGCAAUAAGCAAGGACCAAUUUUGAUACCAAUGUAGGUGCAUUUCUAAGCAGGCCAGGCAUUCCUUGUACUAUGUAUUCAAUGUUAUAUGUAUAAACAUUUGUAUACGGUUUCAGUGUUCUGAAAGAAACAUUUUCGCAUGUUGAACAUUCCUGAUGUUGCUCACAUCCACAAGCCUUGACCAUUAUAUGUCUGGAUGAAUUGAGGUGUGAAGGAGUUUAGUAGUGCUGUUUGGCAGUUGCCCAUUGUGAAUGUUCGAACUUUCUCUAAUUUUUUAUUAUAACUAAAUGUUACAUUUUGCCAGUAGUUUGUGAUAUGAUCACUGCAAGUUGAAAGGUUAGUGCUCUCUGAGAAGGAAGCAAUUUUCUGCAAGCAUAUAUACUUGUCAAGGCUGUGGAUACCAACUAUAUGAAAAUUCAGGCCGAAGCCAUUUGCCCAGCUAAGAGGAAAUAAUCCCUAUACGUCCAUUGUAGUCUGUUGUGCUGAGCCAACAUAGCUUGUGCCAUCGUUGGAUGUUAUAAAUAGUACUCAGUGAUUGGAUUAAAAUUUCUUCUAUUGAACUCUAAAUGCCCAUACUGCCAGAAUGCUACUACAGAAAAUUACUGAGCACUAUUUUUUACGAAAGUUUGUGUGAAUCCCUACGAAAGAAAAAGCAAAACUUGGUGAUAUAGGGUCUCUGUGCCGUCAUUAUUAAAUAAAAAAUCGUGGUGAAUUACCGCAUAUCAACAUAUUUGUAAUGUAAACCUGUAGGGAUUUUUGAUAUUUGUGCUUAUGCAGCUCCUUUUGGAGUUGUCGAAUAUGCAUAUCCUUAAUUGGGGUUGACGGCCACUAUCGAGGGGAAAAGCUUAAAUAAAGAGCUUGACUUCUGGCUGUGGUUUCAACACCAAGUUUGUAAGCCAUCUUCACUACAUAUCGAAGUGCUCUUUAUCAACAGUGUAUCAACAAACUAUGAACAAACUAUGUAUAUUUAUUUUAAAAUAUAAUCUUUUCUGCCCUGCUAUUUCCAAAGCCUAGCCGACACAGGGUACUAUUCAAUUUUACAGCAUAACUUGCUCUGCAAGUUCUUAGUUUACAGUGUUUUCAGCCAUAGAUAAAUAACAAAAACGGGGGUCAACAAUGUUUCAUGCUCUUAUUAUGCGGUGGUAUGAGCAUUUCUAGGAAGGAGUGCAGGUCCGCUUUUUACAAUCAAUGUUCAAGCAAGCAAUUUUAUAUUGAUGUCUUCUUAUUGGCGGUCUCUUCUACCUGCAGUAAUGUUUGCGUGUGUUUUAUUCACCUCUACUAGUUAACAAUUUGUAGUCAGCUGUAGCGUUUACUCAAAGUGCUGUAAUGUUUUAGCAUAGGCAUAAAAUGCUUGGUCUCCCGAGUCCUGGCUGAUGGUGCAUGUGCAAAACCAUGGAACGAGAGGUGUCAAAGGAUGGUUCUCUCAUAAACUGAUUUGUUUGUUGACUGCUUUCAUAUUUUUAAGCAUUUCUGGAUGUUUAGUUUUCUUCUAUUUAUUAAUAUUCGCUGCAUCAUCUGCUCCAGUGUUUAAUGAACAAACUAUUUAACCUUUCUCAAGUAUUUUAAUUGUAUGUUAUGCUUUUUAACCGUUUUUGAAAGCAAUGAUAACAGUGUACCAUGUCUUCCAAGUGCUCUUUUACUUAGCACUUAGGGUCUUGAAUUUAAGACAUAUCAUUCUGAGCGUUUAUACUCCAGCUUUUACUGCUUUUUGUAUGGACUUACAACUUUGCUGAAGGCUUUUAGUGGGUGUCAUGAUGACUUUUGAUACUAACAUGUACUUUAUUCUGAUCAUCUUCACUGGUGCCUAUUUGUGAUGUUUGUAGUAUCGAUCAAACAUCUCUGUGUACUGCCAGGAAGCAGUAUAUAGGCGAAAGAAUCGCACAUUACAUAAUUCUUUAUGCAGAAGUGAAAAUGUUUGUACAUUUUGUUUGUGUGUCUGUGAGGGGAUUUUUUUUUCGAAUGACUACAGUUGUUUUUUCUGAAGACUUUACAAAUUGGCUUGUAUUGGAUUUUUUGGUUACCUUAUGGAACAUGUGAUGCUGUUGUCAUCAUACUGACAUGCUCCUUUUUCUAAGCAAUAAACUGUUUGCUAGA